CUAGUCGAUAACAAAAAAACUUUGGGGCCCAAUAAUCCGUGCUUUAUAGCUGCCAACAAGUGAAGGCAGGUCUGGCGUCCAAAUGAGCAACUUUAUGUAUAAUUUUGAUAUUGAGCAGUUUUUACGAUAAGCGAGUGGCAUUUUCUAGCCUGUUGAGUAUAGAGAAAGAAGUCAGCAUUUCCAAUGGCUGAAUUACCUGGGGAGGGGACCUACGUCUGUACCCUCGAUGAGGAGACUCAGAAGAAGGCUAAAGAUGAGUUAAAGGAAGACCCGAAAGAACGCGCUAGUAAGAUACAGAAUGUUCGAGACUGGAUCAAGAAACACCCAUAUAUCACGUCAAGAACUGAUGAUGCGUUUAUUCUACGAUUCCUGAGAUCAUGCAAAUCAAGCGUGUUUGACACUCAGAAUAGAAUCAAACAGUUCUGCAUCAACCGCACCACGUCAGAGGGCGCCCCGGAAUGGUUUAAACAAGAUGUUGAUGAUCAGAAAAUUAUUGAUAUUCUUUCAAAACCAACACAGAUCCUCUUGCCGAAGCCAAAAGGGAAGAAAGAUGGACCCGUUUACAUUCUCUCUCUCAGUAAGAAUAUGGACCCAUACAUUGAUAUAAACGAUACGAUGCGGGCCCUAUACAUGACCGUGGACACUAUGGUCAUGGAUGAGAACGUACAGGUGCACGGUAUGUAUUACAUUCAGGACAUGAAGGGCGCCGGUAUGGACAUGAUGAAGAUUUGGAAUCAGGAGAAUAUAAAAAAAUCCAUGAAGGUUUGGAAGGAUGUGUAUCCAACUCGAAUGAAGCAGUUUCAUUAUGUGAAUAUGCCUAGAUUCCUGAAUGCUAUAAUGGAGAUAAUAAAGCCCUUCAUGGGCAAGAAACUUUCGGACCGGAUGAAAAUCCAUCACUCUGAGAAAGAGUUUGCAAAGAAGAUACCGAAAGAAUGUCUUCCCAAUGAGUAUGGUGGAACUGCAGGAACAAUAGAAGAAAUAUACGCUCCUUUCCGCGAGAAGGUGUUGAACAACCGGCAGGAAUACGAGCUGCUCAAGCAGUGCUGGGCAGAUGAAGAGAAGAUGCCCAAGGAGGUACCCGCUGGGGAUGCUUGGGGGAUGGUCGGAUCGUUUAGGAAGAUCGAAACAGACUGAUAGCGAGGAAGGAAAAUUUUGCCGAACAUGGGUGCGAGAGAAUAAUACGAAUAAAAACAAUAGAUGUAGCCUUUUACACCAACUUGGCUUGUACCAUGUGUGCAUCUGGACAUAGUCUCAGACGACUGUUCUCUAGUAUUAGAAGAAGUAGAAGAAGAAAAAUUUAGUGCGAAUGUCACUAAUAGAUUUGCUGUGGAUAACACUUUUGAAAACGACUAUCAUUUUCGUUUUAUGGGCCAGUAGUCAAUUUCCAAAAAGAUCGCACACACUGAUUUUUUUAUUUAGUUCUCCUCCAUACAAGUGGUCGAGUAAGAACACAUCCUUUCGCAGAAAAAAGCCGAAUAACAAUUUCAUACAAAUCGUCAGCAUUUUUAUUCAAAAUCGUACAAAAGACAAAGUCGUACAAAAUUCAUAUUUAAGACACAUCCAGACGUUUUCGUCGUGGUCGAUUCCAGUAGAAAAAUGGGUUGCAAUGGCGCGCAAAAGUUACAAUGCAAAAUGAUGAUAAUGAAUUAACGCAUAAAAAAAUGUUGAAUGUUCAAGUACAUAUACAUCGUAAAAUAUUUACACUCAAUGCCGUAUACAAAAUAGUAUACAAAAUAUUUGCGGUAAAAAUCUUAUUCUUUAGUUAUUAGCUAGUGUAUUAUCAUACUGAAUGAAUGAAUGAUGAUUGUGAAAGCGAGAAAUCGUACGAAAAGUUAGUCUGAAAUUUAGUGAGAAUCGAAUUUUACACAAGACCUAUAAUAUACGGUUUCAUAAUAUACCAUCUUGACCUGCAAUGUUUUGAGAUCGCUUUCACGAUAGUGGUGAGGCAAACGCAUGAGAGUCAGGAUGUACACCGCGGUUGAGCGACUACCUACAUUUUCGCUAAAAUGUGGAAAAUCAUGCAAAGCAGCACUCUUGGGAGCUUCGAGUUUGCCUGUUUAAAGGCCUAAUACUACUUUCCAUAUAGUGAUGUUGACUUUUAAAAUCUUUGCAGUUAAAAAAUCAAGCCUAGCGGUAUUAUAACAUACAAAUGAGUUCGCCAUGGUUCGUGGACACAGGUAUAAAACUGCACAAAAAUAUUAUUUUCAAAAAGCUCAAUUAUUACUGCACAUAGAUACAUGGUUUGCAAAAUAUAUUAUCUACUCUAAACUCUGGUUAAUAAAGAUUAUUAGUUAAAUAUGUACGUGUAUAUAUUAAUUGCAUAACGUCAUAGUUUUGCCGCAUUAGAAGUUCCGUGCAAUCAAAAAUGAAUGACACAGUUAAAACAUAGAAAUUACGCCACUAAAAAUGAGUUUUUUUCGAAACUUGUUCAAGUGCAGAUACUAUUUAGCGCUCAACCCGGGACCAGAGAAUUAAAAAAGUACCACUGGGGUUUUUGAAAGCACCUGACAAAAAUCUGCAUUCUAAAAUUGACAAGCACCAAAACGUUAUUUGAAGCAGUUUAACAGUUUCGUUACAUUUUUAUACAAUGCACAAUUUUUAUAUUUUUGCACAGUACACAAUGUUCCACCACACGCACGCACUUCUAGCACCAACAAAGCCAUUCGAAGGGACAAUUUGAAUACUACCAGUAAGCAGAAUCAGCAUUCGUGACAAAAUCUGUUUCCAACAACGAGGCCCCAGAGUGAUAAAUUAUCACGAAAUUGCACUACACAGAAAGAAAAUGAUGAAAAUUGUAGUUUACAUGGUGAUUUUUAGAUGGAUAUGAAAAAUGCAAUUGAGCAAAUAACAUACAUAAUGAGUGAAAACAGUGAUGUUAUUGGAAAAUGAAAUUGAUACAAGCAAAUGUAUAUAUGUGUUGUUUAUGCAAGAAAAAUAAGGAAGGAAUAAAUCAACAAUAAUAUAUAAAGAAUGGAUUAUUGAGCACUAUUAACAGACAUAUUAAAGCUGAAGAAUGGAAAAUGAAAAAUGGUCAAAUUGUCAAUCGUUAUUUGUUUUUUCUUACAUUGAAAGCCACGCCAUUCGUCUACAUGUUUGUUUUUCUCUGUGCCACCCGUAAAUACAAAUACACGUAGAAGCUUCCACUUUACAGUGACAAGGCUAAGCUGAGAUCAGGCGUUUUACUCCUGCGGCAUAAAUAAAAUAUCGACACCAGGCGGAGUAUAUUGAAAAGCACUGGUUAUGUUAGGAUGUAACAUGGCAUGUCAACGUGAUGACAAUUGACCUUCAAGUACAAUAUGUAUAUGUAGAAAUGUAGAAAUGUAUAAGACCGAUAUACCCUGACGUAAGACGGUGUCCUUUUGUUAUGCAUUCGGUAGAUUUGUACGUGUAUUUCCCAAUGGAAGCUUUCUUGUAAGAGAAUCUCGGCAUGAACGAGGUGAUAAAGAUUCGCAAUCUACACUA